UCCACGCCCGGCGGGACCAUGAAGCGGCAAAACGUGCGGACCUUGGCCCUGAUCACCUGCACCUUCACCUACCUGCUGGUGGGCGCCGCCGUCUUCGACGCGCUCGAGUCCGAGGAGGAGACGGCCGAGCGCAAGAAGCUGGAGCAGAAGCAGAGCGAGCUGCGGAGCAAGUACAACCUCUCCGAGGAUAACUACUACGAACUCGAGGGGGUGGUCCUGCAGCUCAAGCCCCACAAAGCCGGCGUCCAGUGGAAGUUCGCCGGCUCCUUCUACUUCGCCAUCACCGUCAUCACCACCAUAGGGUACGGCCAUGCAGCCCCUAGCACCGACGGUGGGAAAGUCUUCUGUAUGUUCUAUGCCCUGCUGGGAAUCCCUCUUACCCUGGUAAUGUUCCAGAGCUUGGGUGAGAGGAUCAAUACUUUUGUGAGAUACCUCCUCCACCGUAUCAAGAAGUGCCUUGGCAUGAGACGGCCAGAAGUGUCCAUGGCCAAUAUGGUCACCAUUGGGUUCUUCUCCUGCAUUAGCACCCUUUGUAUUGGAGCUGCAGCGUUCUCCCACUAUGAGCGAUGGACCUUCUUCCAGGCCUACUAUUAUUGCUUUAUCACCCUCACCACCAUCGGCUUUGGGGACUAUGUGGCCCUUCAGAAAGAGCACGCACUCCAGACCAAGCCCCAGUAUGUGGCCUUCAGCUUUAUUUACAUCUUAACUGGGCUGACCGUCAUUGGGGCCUUCCUCAACCUGGUGGUGCUGCGGUUCAUGACUAUGAAUGCUGAGGAUGAGAAGCGGGAUGCUGAGCACCGGGCCUUGCUUAAUCGCAACGGGCAAGCUAGCAGUGUGCAUACCACGGACACAACGGCUUCCUCGACUACUGCCGCACUUGGGGGUGUGGUGGGAGGUGGGAGUGGCAGUGGCCGAGGGGGGUUCCGGAAUGUCUACGCUGAGGUUCUCCACUUCCAGUCCAUGUGCUCCUGCCUCUGGUACAAGAGCCGGGAGAAGUUGCAGUACUCUAUCCCUAUGAUAAUCCCCAGAGACCUCUCCACCUCAGACACGUGCAUGGAACAGAGCCAUUCCUCACCUGGCCACUACCCUGAGACACCGUCCAACAGAUGCUUCUGCAAUGCUCAGCGUUCCGCCAUCAGCUCUGUUUCCACAGGGCUUCAUAGCCUUUCGGCCUUCCAAGGACUUAUGAAGCGCCGUAGCUCUGUGUGAAAUUAAGGAACUCUUUUAAAAACAACCCUUAAAUACAGAGCAAGGAAGGAAACUAGUGGAGAUGGGCAAAACAAAACAAAAACCAGGCAGAGUAAAAAUGGUGACAAGCAAACCGAUACUAUUAACGCUGAGGAAGAAAGAGCAUGCAUCUUGGGUGUGCACCAUGCAAGGAAAUGCAUAGACAGACCGACUAAGCAAUGGGUUGGCCACCUUGGCCAACACAAUGGAGUGCUGAGCCUCUUGGGUCUCUACAGAAGGAUGUAAGGGUGGGUUCAGUUGUGUUUCCAUGUGGAUCAGGAAGGGUGGGGGAAAUGGCAGUCACUCCUCCAGUGGGGUAUACCUUGGGCACCUGUUCUCCCCCGGAAGGGAGUUUUCCCCCCCACACUGUUUAAGUUGGUUAAACUUCUAAUUUUUCUUUCUGCAGCAACUCCACAAAAAUGUGAAACUUGAAAAU